GAAACCGCCGAGGGUGUAUGUUGUCGUGUGCGUUGGUGUGCCAUGUGACAUGGAUAUAUCGUCACUGUGCCACACAUAUGUUCAGAUGCCUCCCAAGGCAGUAUGACGGACUACCAUGCCUGCAUCUUCUGUGAUGGAGAAAUCUGGUGUCGUGAUUCUGGUGGUGUUGAUACUGUUUAUACAAUGCGGUGCUGUUAAUCCAGGUUGCGAGUGUUUGCUGUACUCCGCUACGUACGGUAAAGAGUUCGGUACGUUCAGCAGUCCUGACUAUCCCAAGAACUACCCACCUUCAAUCAACUGCCUUCUCUACACGUUUGUAGCCAGCAGAGACGAGAUCAUUGAGAUUACCUUCAAGGACUUUGACGUUCAAAAAACACAUCUCGACUGCAUUCGAGGGGACUUUGUCAAGUUGUUCCUACACCUGGAGCGAGGGGAGGUUAAUGAGUACACCCCUUGGUCUGGACUCCUGUGUGGAGGCUAUAGUGAUGUACCCCACGUCUUCUACUCCUCGGGUUCCGGACUGGUGUUGGAGUUCCACACAGAUGAGCAUCACAGCAACUCGUCCGGAUUCAUCGGGACCUUCCGCUUUAUCGAUAGAAGGAUGUUCCAGAAUGAUGGCCAGAAGCUGGUUGGAACGCUCUGUGACCAUCAGUUCAUCUCCAGCAACUUCACCCCAUCCUACGGGAGGUUCUACUCCCCUCGUUAUCCCUCGAGCUACCCCAAGCACGUCAAGUGUGCUUACAGGUUCAGAGCCAGGAGCAGAGAACGAAUUCGAGUUGAAUUUGAGGAGGUGACACUGCAAAAAGGGGAUGUGAGCUGUCUCAACCGCGCAGACCUCGUGAAGGUUCAUGACGGUCGCAGCGCUGUAGCUCCAGUCAUAACAGUUCUGUGCAACGAAGCCGCGUCAUUGGAGGUCCUUUCGACGGGUCAAGACUUGUACAUAGAGUUCGUCUCAAACUCCGAUUGGCCCGGCCAAGGGUUCAAAGCGACGUUCCAGUUCCAACCCCUAGAGCCAGGGACUACUAGCGAUACUCCACACACAGAGACAACAAGAAUGAACGUCAUCCAGGGGUCUUCAACGCCUCUCCUUAAAUCAACAGACUACGGCCCAGCCGUCAGCGCCACUACUUCCAGCUGUGACGUCAUGAUCAGCAGUGAUACAGUCAAGAACGGUACAGUCACUUCUCCGUCGUUCCCCAACCCAUACGCCCCCAGGAGCCAUUGUCGCUACGACUUCAGAGGGAGGGGAAAGGAGAGGGUGCAGUUGGUGUUCACAGACUUCAACCUGUACCACCCUACUGACGACUCCAAAGAGUGUGAGAGUAUAGAUUCCCUGAUGGCUUACGUGCAGAUUGAAGGGCGGUUAGAGAAGAUAGAUAACUUCUGUGGAAACUCUCUGCCCAAACCUCUGAUGAGCAAUGGACCCAGACUCAUGUUAGAGUUCAGGGGAAUAUACUCAUCAAGAUACGCAAGAGGGUUCAGAGCCAACUAUGUCUUCACGGAAAACUUUGGAGUCAUGACGGGUGUUCAACAUGAUGCUCUGCCUUGCGCCUUCAUGUUCAACAGCUCCGGUCCCCACGGUUCCCCCAACGGUACCUUCUCUUCCCCCAACUUUCCUGGGUUCUAUCCUCGGGACACUGAGUGUCACUACUUCUUCCAUGGAGAUCUCAACCAGAGGGUUCGUCUUCACUUCCACUACUUCGACGUCGAAGGAGUCCUCCCGUGUGAAGCGACAUCUGCCAGCGACUACGUUGAGUUUUCCAACUUUAUGGCCAGAGACCGGAAGUACUCAAGACACUGUGGUCAGCUAAAGGACUUUGAGAUAGAGUCCGACCGGAAGUUUUUCCGAGUGACCUUCUGGUCGAACGACCGUCUGGACGGUACGGGGUUUAACGCGAGCUACCAGUUUAUCGACAACGUAGACACAGCUAACACCGUCAGGCCGACGCCUGUUACUUCAGGAGCAAUCAGUCAAAUGUUUCAAGUUUGGUGGCUGGCGUGGAUUUGUAUCCUAUCAAGGUUCCUAGCCUGACCUAGCCUAACCUUCACUCUGCAUCGAUAAUCACUCCGCUCACUCUGACUCACUUACAAGAUCAGUCUUAAGUUUUACUUUUUAUACAGGGGGAAAGUUUAUAGCCUAAAUAUAAGAAUAUUCCGAAAACGGUUAUGAUGUAACUCAAAAACACUACUUCGAUCCGAAAAAUCUAAGAAACCAAUACUAUUAUAAGAUUUAAACGGUACUGUGAUGAGGAAAACCUGAAGGUUUAAAAACUUUGAAAUCAAUAUUACAAAUUCUGUAAACAUAAAUAGGCCUAUAUACUUUAUGUUUCAUUUAACUUUUCUGAAAACAAACAUUACAACCCAAAGUUGGCAAUGCGUGGCUUGGAGUAAAAUUAUCUAUAAUGUUACUGAAGGAAUUGCAUAUCGACUAUAGUAAAUAUUCAAAUAAGUAUAAAAGUCUUAUGCUUGUUUCACUUAAUAUUCGUUCCAUAGUUUUACAGCAUAGGAUGAGUUCAUGUAUGAAAUGCUAUUUUUGUAGAUCCCAGCACAUUAGUGUAGGGACAUGCACACUUAACGCAUAUAACAUUAUGAAAAUUGAGGAAAAAGUUAAACAUGCCAUGUUUGAUUUUUGGAGUGCAGUUAUGUGUAUGAAUAAUUUAGAUUUAUAACAAGAUUAAAAAUAUAAAUACAUAGGAGGUUUUUUUACAAAAAUGAAUAUUUUAGACAAAUGCUUAAUAUUAUUAUGUAUGAUAUUACAUAUUAUGUUGGUUGUUUUAAAAGUUUAAAAAAGUAGUUAAUCAUUAGGUUAUUUAUUAAUGUUUUGAUAUACUACUGCUCUUGGGGGCACAAUGAUUUAUCUACCGUUUACUUAUUUAUAAUACAAAUUAUAUAAAGUACGUUAAAAUUGUUGUUUAUCACACGAUUUUGUAAAUACCUACUAUAGUUGUUUUGUAUAUAAAAUUUUUGUUUACUAAAUUCAAAUUAUAUAAACAUAAUGUUAACCGAAUAAGUGUAAACUGAAUUCAGAAUUAUAGUUUUUUUUUACAAGCAGUUAUAAGGAACUUAGUUCGUAAGUAAAUAUUUUUUCCGGGAUGAUUAUACAAAAACAAAAAUGAAUGCUAUAUACGUUUAGUUAUUAUAUUUUGUGGUUUUUGACUCAAUAGUAGUUUGUUUAAUUUAAGUAUAAAAAUCCGUGUCAUUGUUAAAAAACUAGUUUUGUAUUUUAAAACCACGAGACAGUAUAUUUUAGGUCCAAGUGUAAAACGCGGAUAAAACUGAAUAUGUAAAAGUACUGUUAAACGGAUAAUGGGAUACAAUAUUUUAGUCGUAACACAUCAUGCCAAAAAGGUAUACCGUCUGUAAUAUA